AUGGAUACAAUAUUCACGCUGCCGCUUUUCAUUCUGGCUGUUUUCCAAGCGUUUUUGACUGUGUUGCACGUCACACCAGGCUUAGGGCUGCCCUUGUCACAAACAUUGCGAUUGUUAAGCCGAAACACUGCCUCCCGGUCCGUCAUCUACACGCUCAUGGGGGCGCUUGCUUUGCUCAGUGCUUCAUCGAUGUUUGAGCUCUCGAAAGGCGCGGAUAAGAUUCGGUCAGGAAAUCUUCGAGGCUCUGAGCGAUGCAAGCUGGACCAUACCCAAAAGAACCUGUCAGCGAUGCAGCGGCAGGUCAAGGGGCUGCAGGCGGAGUACGACAGGGUCACCAGUACGGACAAGGCCGCGGAAGGUAAAUCGACGGCGGCAACUGCGGCUGCAGAUGAAGCGGCGGCGCUGAAAAAGACGCUGGACAAACUGAUCGCGGAGAAGCAGCAGCUGCAGGCGGCAGUUGAGGCGGCGGAGGGGGCGGCCAAGACGGCCGAUGCACGAGUGACGGCCAUGGUGUCGCAAGUCAAGAAACGGCAUCCGAUCUCGGGCUUUUUCCUAUCACUAACAGCUCCAGGUCUUCAACCCAACCUUCUGCCGUGUUGCCGUAAUGAUUGUGUGUUGCCUUAUCAGGGUUACGAUUCGGAGUUUGACAGACUACGUGACGAGAAUACGGCAUUACGGCUACAGCUGCAAAGGGUUCAGCCUGGGGCACUGCACGCAGCCGUUACAGCGGCAGCAGCACCUGUGGUGGCCAAUAAGAAGGAUGACUGA